AUUUGUUGCACUUCUUGGGGCUUUGUUUGUUUGUUUGUUUUUCCUCUGAAAAAUUUUUUUUCGUUAUUUUGGACAAAAUGUCGGUCCGUGAUGUAAAAAUUGAGCGAGGAACCUUGAUGGCACGGGGAGCUUUGCAGAAGUUUUCCAAGAAAUAACUUUACCAAGAUGUCCAGUGAUCGGCAAAGGUCCGAUGAUGAGAGCCCCAGCACCAGCAGUGGUAGUUCAGAUGCGGACCAGCGAGACCCAGCCGCUCCAGAGCCUGAAGAACAAGAAGAAAGAAAACCUUCUGCCACCCAGCAGAAGAAAAACACCAAACUCUCUAGCAAAACCACUGCUAAGUUAUCCACUAGUGCUAAAAGAAUUCAGAAGGAGCUAGCUGAAAUAACCCUUGAUCCUCCUCCUAACUGCAGUGCUGGGCCUAAAGGAGAUAACAUUUAUGAAUGGAGAUCGACUAUACUUGGUCCACCAGGUUCUGUAUAUGAAGGUGGUGUGUUUUUUCUGGAUAUCACAUUUUCAUCUGAUUAUCCAUUUAAGCCACCAAAGGUUACUUUCCGCACCAGAAUCUAUCACUGCAACAUCAAUAGUCAGGGAGUCAUCUGCCUGGACAUCCUUAAAGACAACUGGAGUCCUGCUUUGACUAUUUCAAAGGUUUUGCUGUCAAUUUGUUCUCUUUUGACAGACUGCAACCCUGCGGAUCCUCUGGUUGGAAGCAUAGCCACUCAGUAUUUGACCAACAGAGCAGAACAUGACAGGAUAGCCAGACAGUGGACCAAGCGAUAUGCAACAUAAUUCACAUAAUUUGUAUGCAGUGUGAAGGAGCAGAAGGCAUCUUCUCACUGUGCUGCAAAUCUUUAUAGCCUUUACAAUACGGACUUCUGUGUAUAUGUUAUACUGAUUCUACUCUCUGCUUUUAUCCUUUGGAGACUGGGAGACUCCCCAAAAAGGUAAAUGCUAUCAAGAGUAGAACUUUGUAGCUGUAGAUUAGUUACGUUUAAAACGCCUACUUGCAAGUCUUGCUUCUUUGGGAUAUCAAAGUGUAUUUUGUGAUGUACUAAGGAUACUGGUCCUGAAGUCUACCAAAUAUUAUAGUGCAUUUUAGCCUAAUUCAUUAUCUGUAUGAAGUUAUAAUAGUAGCCGUAGAUGACUAGGAAUUAUGUCAUUUGUAUUAAACCCAGAUCUAUUUCUGAGUAUGUGGUUCAUGCUGUUGUGAAAAAUGUUUUACCUUUUACCUUUGUCAGUUUGUAACGAGAGGAUUUCCUUUUACCCUUUGUAGCUCAGAGAGCACCUGAUGUAUCAUCUCAAACACAAUAAACAUGCUCCUGAA